CGUCCAGGUCCACGUGUUUGUCCUCUGAAUGAAACGGGAUGAUCUUGAGUGCCUGAACAUGCUGCUCCUUUGUCUCCUUUUCAACUGUUGAAGCCUUGACAGUGUCCUCUUGGAGGAAGUCUGCAUCUGACCUUAAGCAUGGUGGUGGACCUGGAGGGGAUAAUCCACUGCAUGAAGCAGGGUGAUGAGAAUGGUGUUCAGUCCCAGCUGCAGGAGUUUACCAAAGAGUAUGCUCAGUGCUUCUUCUUUGACGCAGAGGAGAGAGAACGGAGAAAAAAAAGAAAACUAGAAGAGUUCAGGAAGACUAAAGUGAGAGAGUACAAUGAGUCUGACUCAGACUGUGAUGAGUACGACCAGGAGCAUCGAGACCUCAUCCUCAGACAGAAUUUAGCUGUCAUUCUUGUGCGGUUUAUAAGAACAGGAGUUAAGUGUCGUGUGUUGAGAUUAUGUCUGCGCUCCCUGAGGAUCCUCUCCAGAGAUAAAAAGGUCCUGGGCCCCCUGGUGAAUGACAGCACUCUCCUCACUCUGGCCAAAGUCGCUGGCCUGACAACAGCUGAUUUAAGUGACGAAGGUGGUGUCCCUGACUCUGAUUUCUACGACAGCAUCAUUUCUUCUCUCUCUGAGGCAAGAGUACUGCAGAGUCGCAUUGGGGAAGACGAAUGUGAUGUUGAAGCAAGUGACCAAAACGAAGAGAGCUCUGCCUUCGAUGAUGAUGCCAAGAGUGACAUCAGCAUCGCCAACACUGGAGAUCUAGACAGCAUCAGCUGGAGCGGGAGUCACCGGCCCAGCAUCAACGAGACACACCAUGCUGCAGAUCACCACAAGGUGCUGGAGCAAGGGAGGAGGGACCGCAGAGAGAGCAAGAUGGAGGAUGAAGAAGAGGAAGAGGAGGGAUCAGGAGAGGAAGUGCAGAGAAAGGAGGCCAUGAAAGUGUUGUGUAAUGUGGUGUACAACAGCACUUGGGCUCAGGAGAGGUUCAGUGCUCUAAGGCUCAUGUGUGGCCUCAUUGAGCGUCUGUCCUCCAGUGCAACCUCACCCCCCUCCAGUGGCCAGUUUUAUGAAUUACGCCUCCUGUUUCUCAUGACAGCACUCAGGCCAGAGCUCAGGACUCAACUUCAUCAGGAGGGAGGUGUGUCCAUCCUCACAGAAGCCAUGGAGAGAAGCCUGGAGGUUCAGUGGAAGGACCAGUAUGAAUGUGUAGUAGCAGCAGCAUCAGAAACCAUCUCACUGGAAGUGUCUCAACGUAUCAUUGAGAUCCUCAAAAUCCUCUUCAACAUCACCUACAGCACGCACAGGCAGGACCCAAGUGAGGAAGACGCAGCUCUUUACCGACGCCUGGUGGCCAUCUUGCGCCUCUGCCUGAUGAGGAAGUGCAUGCUCGCAGAUGACACAGACGAACUGCAGGGUCACACAGUCAACCUGCUGUCAGCACUGCCUCUGCAGUGUCUCGACGUGCUGCUGGUGGCUCCUAUUCAGGCUGACUCCCAGCAGAGCCAGGGUGUCAACAUGGACUGUGUCCACAUCCUGCUGUCGUUCAUGGAGAGACGCCUUGAUUCGGGUGAUAAGGUCAAAGAGAAGCUGACACCAGUCCUCAACCUGCUGACGGAGAGCUGUAGAGCCCACAGAGAAACACGACAUUACAUCAGGAAACAUAUCCUGCCUCCUCUGAGAGACGUCUCACACCGGCCAGAGGAAGGCUCCUCAGUGAAGAGUCGUCUCAUCCGUCUCAUGACUCAUCUGGACACAGACCUCAAACACUGCGCAGCUGACCUCAUCUUUGUACUCUGCAAGGAGAAUGUGAGACGUUUUGUUAAGUACACGGGCUACGGUAAUGCAGCGGGCCUGCUUGCAACCAAAGGUCUGCUGGGUGGCCAGAUGUCCAGGACCCUUAGCUCAGGCACCCAAUACUCCAGCGAAUCAGACUCAGACACAGAAGAGUACCGGCAGGUCAAGGACCGUGUCAAUCCAGUGACAGGGCGAGUGGAGGCGGAGCAGCCAGACCCCAUGGAAGGCAUGACAGAGGAGGAGAAAGAGGAGGAGGCCAAAAGGCUGAUCAUGAUCUUCAACAAGCUGUCCAGAGAUAAGAUAAUCCAGCCAAUGGGAGUGAACUCAGAAGGGAGGCUUGUCCCAAUGUCAGGGCUCAGAGAAAACUCUCUCAAUGAGGGAGGGGAGUCUGGGUCAGAGAUCGACGAAGGAAAGGAAGGGAAGAACAACUGAAAGAUGGAAAAUAU